AUCUCGGAAAGGUUGCUCUCCCGGACGCGGUUGCGGGAUUUUCGCGGUGCAACGAUCGCAUCGAUCGGUUAGAGUGUUUGGGUUCGAAGGUACGAUUAGCGCCUGACUGCCCGUGCGUGUGUGUGCCUGUGUGCGCGUGUGCCUUUUACUUCUGUGGGCGUGUGAUUAGAAGAUACCGUGUCGCGAAGUGCGGCCCGCGGUUCUCGAUCGAGUUCUUGUGCUACUCGGAUCACUGACUGCUGAGUGUGUGAGGCAAGCGAACAAUAAUCCUACGAGCACACUUUGCCACUGAUCGUGUUUGAUCUUCACAGUGUUCCUCAAAACAAGGGGGUUAACUGGCUCGCGGAAUUCUGCAAAUCGCGACGAGUGAUGAGGAAACGCUAGUGCACUGUUGCAUUUUGUGUGUUUGGUGUUGUGUAGUGUGUAGAAUCGAGCUCGAGCGCAUCCAUCGAAGUGGAAUAGUUCAGUGACGUUCAACAGCUGACAACGAUCGUCUCAGUACCUUUUCUAACAACCUGUUGACGAUUCUUAACAGUAACGACGAAUCAGGAUGCGUUCAGGAUUCGUCACAUCCUGGAUGCUGGCGGCGGUGGUACUGGCCACUCUGCUAGCCGUUAUCCCCGCCAGUGCUCAGAGGGGCGACUUUAAGAAGGCGGUGCCGCAUCAAAAGCUGGAACGACUUCAGGCAAAUCCUGCCAGUGUGAACCAGGUCUCGGAUAGUGUAACCAACCUGGCGCAGAAAAUUGCCCGCGCGAUCGCGAGCCCCAAGAGCAAGACAGAAAUCUUCUCCCCGGUCAGCAUUGCGGGAGCCUUAUCCCUGCUGCUGUUGGGGGCUAGCGGUCGGACACAGCAGGAGCUGAUGCGCGUGAUGGGCUUCAACGAUGGCCAGUUAUCGUUCCAGGAGAUUCACUUCGCCUUUGGGCGUCUCUUCCAGGACCUGGUAGCGAACGAUCCGACCCUGGUGCCGUUGGUAACCUGGCGCGUGAAUGAUAAGUGCAAUCGGUACGACGAGGAGGACGACUACGAGGACGAGUUUCCGCCAGCGAACACGACGGCCAACACACUGCCGUACGAGUUCGACCCAACGGUGCACGAAAUAUCGCUUGCCAAUGGCGUUUUCCUACACCAGGACUACCGAUUGAGUAACUCAUACCGUAAUCACUCGGCGUACCUGUACAACUCGGAAGUCCAGGCGCUCGAUUUCGCCGGCAAUCCGACCGGUUCGACGAAGACCAUCAACGAAUGGGUCAGUGAGAAGACGCACGGUAAAAUCCCGAACAUCCUUGCCUCGAUAUUGCCACCAAGCACAUCCAUGGUGCUCGCCAGUGCCAUGUACUUCAAGGCCCUGUGGGAGGAAACGUUCAUCGACGGAGCGACACGACCGCGAGAGUUCUUUCCAAACGGCAAAGAGCACCCAUCGGUGAUGGUAGACAUGAUGGCGCACGGUGGUUGCUUCCCGUACUACGAGUCGCCGGAGCUGGACGCGCGCAUCCUCGGCCUGCCGUACAAAAACAGGCUCACGACGAUGUACGUCAUCAUGCCAAAUAAUUCCAACCGCGAAAAGCUGCGGAAGCUGGUAGCGACGCUUGAUGCCACAAAGUUGAACCAAUUGAUCGCCCGUAUGGCAAUGAAGACGACGAUCAUACUGUUCCCCAAGAUGCACGUUAGCGAAACGCUUGACUUAAAGUCGGUUCUGCAGAAGAUUGGCGUGCAGACGCUGUUCGAUUCGAGGCAUAGCAAUCUCUCUUCCAUGGUGACGGAAACUGAUCCCGAGGGGGAUCAGUUUUAUAACCGUUUGCAAGCUCCAACAUUUUCGCCCGCACCUGAACUACGACCUACCGUUAACAUGCCAGUGUACGAACCUAAUAGGAAAACGACAAUGGGUCCGAAUAAUGAUCUGAAAGAAUCGCUAAUAUUCUCACGAUUUGGUAAUAACGAUUCGGACUCGAACGAACAAACCGAUAGCACCGGUACCGAAAUGGGAGAGAAAACCACUCAUGCGAUGAAUCCGACGACAACGCAACUCCCGGAGAAGCAUAGAAAGAAACGGGACAUAACGUACAAGGCACCAAGCAGUCGGCACGUCCAGGGUGGUCCUCUUAGCAGCAAAGAUUUCAUCCUUAACAAGCGCAUUGUCAAGGAAAAGGGUUCGGUAGGGAAGAAGAGUGUCCGAAGGCGCUCGAAGCGUAGCCAGGUGAGCGUGCAGAAUCUGUACGUCAGCAACGCGGUGCACCAGAUCGACCUCGAAAUCAACGAAACGGGUACGGAAGGUGGUGCAGCAACGAUCGUGACCUUGAACCGGUCCGGCACCAGCGUCGUAUUCCGAACGGAAGCACCCUUCUUGCUGCUGAUCCGCAACGACAUUACGACGCUACCGUUGUUCUACGGUGCCGUUUAUGACCCGAGAUAAGUUAAUGCCGUUUAGAUAGGCUACAAUGAGGAGCAGUACGACUGCUACGAAUCCAGUGCAAUGGUCCAGCUAGCGAGACCUCUUUUAAUUAUGAUUUUAUAAAAAAUGAAAAAUAAUCAAUUAUUGUAUAACUCUAAACACAGUACAUUAAAUAAAUGUAACUAUUUUAU